AUGCCCAUGCCCGGCUCUCUUUUCUCUCCCGCCACCGAGGGUUUCCACUCGCCGCCGGUGACGCCUGGCGCCGUCUCGCCCCCGAAAAGCAACGCCAAUACGAUCCUCAAGCCGUCGCUCUCCCGCAAGAACAGCCGGCCCUCGAACCUCAGCAUCGCCCGCUCCGGCAGCGCCGAGUGGAACCCGGACAUCGUCCUCGAAGAGUCCUCGCCGAACGUCGACCCGCGCUCAGCCCAGAGUGCGACACCCCAGCCGACGCCCGUCUACGGCGACACCCGCGCACUGCCGCAUCCCAUCCCGGCGGACAUCACCGUCAGCCCUGCCGACCCGCAACGCGGCUCCAAGGUCGACCACCUCGCGGCCCUCAAAUCGCCCUGCUUCGUGCACUCCAAUCUCGAUAAGGGCGCAUCGCUGGCCGACUGGCUCAAGGGCAAGCACCACGACCACAAGACGAACGGACGGGGACGCGGCGGCAUGGCCCAUCAUCAGAACGACGAUGCGAUCAACGUCGCCAAGAGCCUUAACGGACAUCCCCAUGCUCCUCACCACCAUUACCAGAAGCCCGCGAGCGGCAUUCUGCAACACAACGGGCACUCGCCCGAAUCCUAUCCAUCCUCUUCUCCCGAACAAGAAGACUACUCGGAAGAUGAGUACGGAGACAGUUUGACCAAGCAGUUGGCGGCCACUGCCGUGGGCGUCCGGGAGAUGAGCAAGGAGCUCGGACGUGCGCGUAUACAUUCAAAGUUCCAGAACGUCCUCAUCGUCACGAAGGCGAAGGACAAUCGCCUCAUCAAGCUCACGCGCGAACUCGCACUUUACCUCAUGUUGAAGAAACGCCAGGGCCAAGACCGGGGUCUUGUCGUUUACGUCGAUACGCAGCUGCGCAAGUCGCGGCGCUUCGACGCGGCCGGCAUCGAGCAGGAGCACCCUGAGCUCUUUACGCCGAUGCCGCGCCGGCGCUCGUCGAGCAGCACCUCCCUCGCCUCGAUGUCGUCUGCGUCCAGCAACGGCGAGUACCUCGCCAAGGAGCAGGGCCAGCUGCGCUACUGGACCGCGGACAUGUGCAGUCGCCAGCCGCACUUGUUUGAUUUUGUCAUCACCCUCGGCGGUGACGGCACCGUUCUCUUCACUUCUUGGCUUUUCCAGCGUAUCGUCCCGCCCGUGCUGCCCUUCGCGCUUGGCUCGCUCGGAUUCCUCACCAAUUUCGACUUUGCCGAUCAUCAAAACGUCAUGGACAGCGUCAUCGACUCGGGCAUUCGUGUUAACCUCCGGAUGCGGUUUACGUGCACCGUGUACAGGGCCGUGAUCCCGUGCGAGGGCGAGAAGAGCAAGGUACGGGCGGUGAAAAAAGCUCAGACAGGGGAGAUCAUGAUGAAGGACCUUGAGCGUGGAGGAUGGGAGGCGCUCGAAGCCGGCUACCCUCCGGAGGGCAUAGCUGGACCCAAGGAUAAGGAGAUCAUGUGUUUCACGACCAGGCCGGUGGAGAGCUUCGAGGUCCUCAACGACCUGGUCGUCGACCGAGGUCCCAGUCCGUACGUUAGUCAGCUGGAGCUUUUCGCCGAUGAACAUCAUCUGACGACGGUGCAAGCGGACGGGUUGUGCAUUGCGACGCCUACAGGCUCCACUGCUUACUCGUUGUCUGCGGGCGGAUCGCUAGUCCAUCCGGAGAUCCCUGCUAUUUUGAUCACACCUUUAUGUCCGCAUACGCUAUCUUUCCGUCCCAUGCUGCUCCCCGACAGCAUGGAACUGCGUAUAUGCGUUCCGUUCAACUCGCGCAGCACGGCGUGGGUGUCUUUCGAUGGACGUGGCCGCGUCGAACUUAAGCAGGGCGACCACAUCAAGGUCUCGGCAUCGAAGUAUCCGUUCCCGACUGUAUGCGCCGACAAGUCUUCCACGGAUUGGUUCCACUCCAUCUCUCGCACGUUGAAAUGGAAUGAGCGUGAACGUCAAAAGUCCUUUGUCGUCGUCGAAGAGAACCCGAAACCGAGGAAGAAGGCUGUGCCCGGGGGUACCGAAGCGCUCGAGGAGGAAGAUGAAGAGGACGAAGAAGAGGACGAUAAGUUCGAUAUCGAUGAUCUCAGCACGUCGGAGGAUGACGCUAAGGAUACCUUGGACGCCUCGUUACUGAAACCGGAGGAGAAAAAACUUGGGCAAGACAAGGUCAGCGACUUUGCUGCGGGAAAGGACGAGCGGGCGCGCGCGGCUGCCAACGCCAUCGCUGGGGACAACCCGUUCGUCCGACUCCAGCAACACCCGUCCGGCCUGCACUCCGGUAUCGACACCCCGGAUCGGUUCAUGGGGCCACACCCACACCCUCCCCCCGUGUCGGCGCGACAUGUCGCGUUCGCUCAAGCCGUCUCAGGUGCUUCCUCGUCUUCGUCUCUGAACGGUGGAUACCACUCCCCCCGUGCGGUCUAUCCAGGACACGAUUCCGCCGAGAUGGAGCGGGAGAUGAACGCGAAGACACCUACGGUUUCGGAUAUACGGAAGGGAGCUACCCACAAGCAUACACGCAGCCGAAGUCGCUCCAAGGACCCUGCGAACGGUAAAGCAUUCGCCGUCUGGGGCCAAGACGAGAGCGAGAGCGAGAGCAAUGCCAGUGACACUGAUCUUGCAUAA